AUGCCCGUGAAGGUGUUCUUCGUGAUGUACGAACAGCUGAAAGUCGACCCGCAUGUUCAUGUGAGGAGGUUGGCUGAUUUCUUGGGGUGUCCAUUCAGCAAAGAAGAACUGAGAGACGGAACAGUGGAGGGGAUACUGAGGAUGUGUAGCUUCGAUAAUUUGAGCGCAUUGGAGGUGAAUAAGUGCGGGAAGUUGUUGACUGGUAUGGAGAACGAGUGGUUCAUCAGGAGAGGUGAGGUUGGAGAUUGGGUAAAUUGCAUGAGUGCUGAGAUGGGGGAGAGAAUUGACGGUGUCAUGGAAGAGAAGUUGCAUGGUUCUGGUUUGAAGCUUUGAAGUUCGGUUAAAUAGAAAAGGUAUCUGCAGGCCAUUGAUGAAGCUUUGUAUUUCUCCUGCUAUAGGAUGAAAGGGCUACGGUGGCAUUGUCAAUCGUGGCUUCGUCUACAAAGAGAGAUGCUUCAAGGUUGUGAUUCUAGUCUUCAUUUAUGUUGUACUAUUGGCGCUUGCAGAUGUCAUUUGGCCAACACGUAGUUGGCUAAUAAAAAGCUGCCAUCCUUCUCACUGGGAGCUUAUGGAUUUUAUCUUCUGUUA